AUGGGAUCGAUCUUAUUAGUCUAUUUAAUAUUAAUAACAACAACAGUUAUUAACAUAAUAGCAAUGACUGUACCAAAGCAAAAUGAAUUAAAUAGGGUACAAAAAUCACUGUUGGAAAGAGUUUUUUAUCCUAGAACUAAAACCCAUUCCACAACAAACCAUCAUUCUACAGAACUACAAAAUUCAUUUGGUGUUUCUGGAAAUGUAGGAAUUGGAUUUCAUUUUGGGAGUGGUUAUAGAAUAAAAAACGGUGAUGGAAAAGAAGAUCAAGAAAUUGUGCAUAACAAAAUGUAUGAUAAGUAUUUGGGGACUAGUUUUGGUUUUGGAUCAUUGGGAAAUAACAAAAAAGGUCAUGUUGAAAAUGUUGAACAAUCAGUUACGGCAGACCAGAACACUAUUUAUCAUGACGAAGUUAAUUCAAUAGAUCAAGAGUCUGACAGUGAAAUAAUUCCAACAACAACAGCAACAGCAACACCAAAGACUGGAGUCUUCCGAAAAAUCAGUAACUAUUGGGCCGGUGAACAGUCAGAACCCAAAAGUAACUAUACUAGCAUCGGUAUUUUUAAAUGGAGUAUGCAAAAUUUAAAAAACAAAAAUAACGUCGGAACACCUAGAUAA